AUGGUCAUGGAUCCAGGUGUUUCUGAUCAUUCACCGUUGAGUGUAGUAUUCCAGGAGCAAAGAUGUAGAUCAACCAAAUCGUUUAAAUUCUUAAAUUGUCUUGCUGAGCAUAAAGAAUUUAUACCACUUGUGGUGGAAGCAUGGAGGUGUAAUACACAGAAGAGAGGUAUGCACGGCGUCUGGAUGAGACUCAAGAAUACUAAGGAAUUUCGAAAUGUUGCUGAGAAAAUAAAAACUGCUAGGACUUGCAUUGCAGAACUGCAAGAAAGUAUGAGAACUGAUCACCAGGAUGUAGCUUUUGCGCACGAGAAGGCACUAAGGGGUGAGCUGGAAAAAUGGAACUUGGUUGAAGAGAGUAUACUUAAACAAAAAUCAAGGGUAAAUUUGUUGAAAUUAGGGGAUGAAAACAACUCAUUUUUCUUUGUUAACAUAAAGAAUAGAGUGGCACAAAAUAGCAUCAAUAAGAUGGUCUCACUAUCAGGAACAAUGUUACAGAAACAAGAGGAAAUUGAGAAGGAGGUUACAUUGUUCUAUAGAGGCUUGCUAGGCACUGCUGCAACGCAAAUCUCUGCUAUUAACCCGACCACUAUCAAAGAAGGAACAAUCCUGCAUAGAGAACACCAGUUGAGGCUCAUCCAACCUGUCACUAAGGAGGAAAUACAUGAUAUUUUAUGGGCUAUAUGGGACAAUAAGGCUCCGGGUUGUGACGGCAUGAAUGCAUAUUUUUUUAAGAAGGCUUGGCAAGUUGUAGGGCCUGAUAUCCAGGAUGUUGUGAUGGAGUUUUUCAAGUCAGGUAUUAUGUAUCAACCUAUAAAUUGUACUAAUAUUACUCUGAUUCCAAAGAUUCAGAACCCUUCCAAAGUAACUGAAUUCAGACCUAUAGCCUGUUGCACCACUUUGUACAAGAUUAUUUCUAAAGUCAUUACGAAUAGACUGAGAGGUGUGAUGGAUAUGCUAAUUGAUAAUAAUCCGUCAGCUUUUGUACCCAGUAAAGUUUCAUAUUCUAUCCUGGUGAAUGGUAAUCCUACUCUAUCCUUCCCUGCAAAAAAGGGCCUAAGACAAAGUGAUCAUUUAUCUCGGUAUCUCUUUGUGCUAGUAAUGGAAUAUUUCACGAGAAUUUUGAAGAGGCUUAAGAGAAUUUCAGACUUCAAUUUCCACCCAAAAUGUGAAAAACUCAACAUUAUCCAACUAAGUUUUGCAGAUGACUUGUUGUUCAGUAGGGAGGAUGAAGGGUCUGUUAAACUAAUGUAUGAGUGCUUCUUGGAGUUCUCACAAGCUUCAGGGUUGCAGGCCAAUCGUGAUAAAAGUUCCAUUUAUUUUGGAAGGGUACCACACGGGGACCAGGAGGCUAUACUCAAUACUCUGGGAUUUGUAAGAGGAAGUACCAAAAAAGGUCAUUCAAAGAAGGCACUUGUAGCAUGGGAAAAGUUGUGUCAUCCUAAGGUUGCCAGAGGGAUGAAUCUACUGGAUCUCCAUAUGUGGAAUAAGGCUGCACUUUGCAAGCUCUUGUGGAAUGUAUGUACAACGAAAGACAAGCUAUGGGUCAUAUGGGUACAUACAUACUAUAUAAAAUAUGGAUGCAUAUGGAAAGCUAAGUCUGAGCAGGCUUCAUGGAUGGUGAAAAAAAUCCUAAAUGCAAAGAAGUAUUUGGAUGCUAUUAGCAGGACUGAACCAGAAUUAAUGAGGCAAACUAGCUUUUCUAAGGUUUAUGUUCUCAUGGGGAAUGUAACGCCUAAAGUGAACUGGAGGAGACUUAUAUGUAACAAUUUGGGAUGUCCAAAGUGGAUAUUCAUAUUACAAAUUGCUAUCUUGGAGAAGUUGCUUACUAGAGAUCGAUUAAUGCAAUGGGGUGCACUGGAUUCAGCUUCAUGUUCUCUACGUAACCAGGUUAAUGAGAGUCAUAAUCAUUUGUUCUUUGAAUGUACUUACUCAGGGUGGAUCUGGAGCAAGCUGCUACAAUGGCAGGGUAUUUCUAGAGGUCUUUGUACUUGGCAGGAGGAGAAAAAGUGGGCAAUUACACAUGCAACUGGACAUAGCAUACAAGCAAAGAUAUACGGUAUUUGGCUUGAGAGGAACUCCAGGGUGUUUUUUGAAGGUCGAAAACAGGUGCGACAAAUUAUCCAGGAGAUCCAUGUUUGA